AUGGUGAGCGAGAAGGUUCUCUUGAAAGUCUCGCCGAUGAAGGGUAACAUGAGGUUCAGUAAGAAGGGCAAGUUGAGUUCGAGGUUCGUCGCUCCAUUUGAGGUGUUGGAGCGAAUUGGAGAGGUUACUUACAGGAUUGCUUUGCCUCCCAGUCUAUCGGGAGUUUAUCCAAUUUUGCACGAGUCUGUGCUCCGGAAGUUCCAUGCCGAUAGGUCACAUGUGCUAGAUUACAGUACAGUUCAGCUAGAUGAGAUCUUGGGUUAUGAGGAGGAGCCAGUUGCUAUUAUUGACAGGCAGGUCUGCCAGUUAAGGUUUAAGAAGAUUUCACCGGUAAAGGUCCGGUGGAGGGGUCAACCAAUCGAGGAGGCAACUUGGGAUACCGGGUCUCGGUGGCUUAGGCGUGUUUCGGACCACCCAGAGUUAAGUCCAAAAUGCAGAAAUUGCUGGUACUGGUUUCCUUCUUCGCGAACGCGGAGGGUGUCACGGGUUCACGAUGAAUGA